AUGAGUAUCUUGUGCAGCGACGACGUGCGCGAGCUGCUGCGUUUGCUCUGGCCAGCGACAGACGCCGGCACUUCUGAUGACGCCCAGCGCUGGUAUCAGCAAGGCUUUGAGUUCCAGACGCAGGGGGAAAGCUUUUCGCUUGGACUCGUGCAGCACCACGGCGGCCCUUGCGGCGUGCUGGCCGCUGUUCAGGCCGAGAUGUUGCGACUCUUCCUGUUCGUGCGUCACCACGAGACAGCGAUCCACGAUGGGGUGGAUCUGCAGCAGCUGAUUGAUCGAGAGGUGCCCGAUAUGGCUUCAAGGCAACGGCUUCUGGCAGAGGCCAUGGCUUCGCUGCUGGUGCAAUGUGCAGGUGAGGAGUUGGUGGUACGCGUGGUGGUACAGGUCACAGAGGCCACGUACAGAGAGACAGUUGUCCCAGUUGCUGCGGCAGAUGUAGACCGUCCAUAUUCAAAACUUGUGGAACUUUUGGUGCAAGAAAUGCCAGCUUUUUGCUGUCCGCACGGCGUCAUGAACUUUACGUUCAGUGUGCUUCGAACGAAGCACGUUGCUGCUGUACGCAGUGAAAUGGAUAGCCCAACGAACGCUCUAACAGGCGCUUUUGGACACUGUACACAGGAGUUACUGAACCUGUUACUCACAGGUAAGGCCGUGUCGAACGUCUUUGACGGGACCGUCGCAAUGGGCGACUCGGGUCUGUCCUUGCAAGGCGUGCCACAGCGGGCGCGAAUUGGCUACUUGACGCAGCUUGAAGCAUUGCGGUACUGUCAAGUCGGAAGUUUUUACAAGUCGCCGCAAUUUUCCGUCUGGGUGAUCGGAAGCUCCUCGCACUUUAGCGUUGGGUUUGCUUUGGAUGCCCGGUUGAGCGAGGAAUCGGCCUCCGCACAGCUUUAUCAGCGCGUGCAUCGAGUCUUUAGUCAAUUUGACCCGAUGGAAACUGGUUUAAUAAAAACGGAAUCACUUGCUGAUUCGCUAAUGCAGCUGGGCGUGGAUCCUGCUAUUCGUUCGAGUGAGCAUUCGAUGGCACGACUGUUAGCUGGACUCGAGGAAGAUGUCGGUCUUAUACUCUGGGAUGAGUACUGGAAGAUCAUUUCGGUACUGCUGCUCACGAAUGACUUGGAUCUGGCCUUGUCGGGAGGAUAUGUUGCCACGAAGACCGAGCAUCGUCCUCUUGUGCGUUCCGAUUCUGACAUUGCGCGGGAGUUGCAACGACAGUUUGAUGCAGAAGGAAGAGAAGGCUUGUCUAGCACUUCUGUAUCAACUCCGUCACCAUUUUCAUGUGAGUCAAUUGCACCUUCACAAGUAUCGUUUGACUGGUUCUACUACAACGGGCUAGGAAGCAAGGAUGGACAUAGUAACGGACGACGCCCUCAGCUUACAAAGUGCCGCGUAACGCUCGAAAAACAGGCGGAGUUUAUUGGCCAAUCAGUGCCGAUUGGAUAUUCCGGGUCAAGUGGUGGCCACAGCAUAUCUUCACUUGAAGAAAUCAUGAAGACAAAGUGGCCGGACGCCCGGAUUGAUUGGCUAGGCUCUCCAGUACCAAGCAUCGACUAG